AUGCCCAAGGAAACCAUAGAUCAAGUGCUGCCUGAAAAAGCCCCCACACCCGACUGUCUGAGACAGGCAGACAGAGCUUCCGCCGCCCUGUUGAAAGCCAUUCAGAAGAGUCUUGUGAGAGAAAGGGACAAAUCAGCUUUGGACUUGAGAAUGGAGAUGUCUCUCAUAAGAACCCCAUUUUGGCUGCUGCUGGCACUGGUUGUUGUGUUGAACAUAUCGCGUGUAGGGUCUACCAAGGCACAGCGUAAGUCUACCAACGGCUACCAGGGAGGAACCAGUAACUGGUGCGCCUACACAGUGUCCAAGCAGGUGUCCUGUAAGGUUAAGAACGGCUCGGCAGUCUACAAACAGGCGUACUACAUGCCGGGAUGCUCCAUCUGGAAACCUGGAAACUGUUACAGGUACCGGCGGACAGUGCGCCCCACCUACCGCGUGGCGUACAAGACAGUCACCGCUAUGGAGUGGAGAUGCUGCCCGGGCUUCCAAGGCGCAGGCUGUCAGGACACCUGCUUUAACUGCACUCGUCUUGAAGCCCUAGAGAAGCGGAUGAGUGUUCUGGAGAACACAGGACAAUCGACUGGCAGUGACACGAAAGACGCAGAUAUGCCAGUACGCCCACCCCCUGUAGCGAACGGCAGAAAUCCGGAGGUGAUACCGACAGGACCUACCGGCCCCGUUGGUCCCCGCGGUCCGCCGGGUCCUCCGGGGAUUCCCGGGCGUGCGGGUCCCGAGGGCCCACGGGGAAGGCCCGGGGCACAAGGACCCGUCGGUCCGCAAGGGCCUCCGGGGCAACCGGGCUUACGGGGAGAGAUUGGACUACCAGGGCAACAGGGUGAGCCGGGUAUACCUGGAACGCCAGGGUUCCCCAUGGAGGGUAUGCCUGAGGGCAUGCCUGACAUGACGGCACUCCUCCGCAAGGUGGACCUUCUAGCGAACAGAGUCUCCUUAUUGGAGGAACUGAUGGCAGUGACGUCAGAAGCGGGUGGUUUUCUGCCAGGUGGAGGACCAUCUUUACGCCCAGGCCCGGGCAGUUCACCUAAACCGGAAGUCUCGUCCCCAGGACCAGGUCCUGACGUCAUACCCGGAUCUGACACGUCACCGACUCCUGCUGAGUUACCGGAACCUGACGUCAUCAGUCCAGACGGAAGACCCGGCUCGACUAUUUACCCAGUGUACCCCGGGCCUGACUAUGAAGGCUCAGCCGACCACAAUCUACCAUUCCUGUUUGAGAGCGAGACCGUAUGACGUCACCACUGAGCGGACGUGACGUCACGGUUUUAAGCCCCUGUCACACAUUCAGAACCUUCGGGAAAGUUCGGGAGAUUUAGGCCACGCCUACCUUUCAAUACGAAUCGAAUUUGAGUUGAAUUUGAGUCAAAUUUCAUGUUUCAAUACGAAUCGAAUUUGAGUUGAAUUUUAGUCAAAUUUCACUCUUAACUAUGCCUCGACCUACUUCCAAACAACAACCUGCCAACCAUUGUCGAACAACACCCGAAUGCCUUAAACAUUUUGAAACAUUUGGCUGGCGCAGCCGAACAGUGGCCUGCCUGU